AUGGCCGACUAUCCUGAACUUUCCUCGCGUUACAAGCGAGUACGGGCUUUGGAAGAUGUCGAUGAGCUCAAGGCAAUUUCCGAAGGUCACCCAGCUGCAGCACACAGGCGUGUGAGAUUUGUCAACUACUACACGUUAUCGCCAGGUCGAGCGAAGCCAUCACCAGUUGAUGGGGCGGCUGUCGCUGCAUCGCCAAACUUGAACAAUUCCGAAGCAUGUGCCAAUGAAACCGGUGAUAGCAAGGCAGAAAGCAACUCACAUUUCAGCGCUGAGACCACAGCAGCGCCGCAUGUGGAUCAGGAAGCGGCCCACGCGGUUUCCGAAGAAGAGGAUCUUUAUUCAGCGGACGAGCCGAGACCAAAGUCAGAUGCAAAAGUAGUGGCGGAAAAGCCGUGGAAGGAUAACAACGAACAAGAUGAUGAAAGCUCACAAGACGGAGACCACCGCAAGUCUAUUUUACACCUCGAUCCCGCCCCAAUACCCGAAGAAGAGCACGUGGACCCUGCAACACCUCCAGCGGCUGAUACGCCACCAGACGCGGAAGCUCGGACGGACUUGGACCUCGCGCCCAUCCCGCCUGAACCCGAAGAGCCCGUGUUUCCCGACCUGACCAGGUACACGGAUAAGGACGCUCGGAAGCAGGCGGAGAGGGAGGCGCGACGGGCGGCCAAGGCGUACCAGCAGGCCGUCAAGGACCGCAACAAGGCCAUCCGCGAACGGGAGAAGCUCCUCGAAAAGCGUCGUAAAAAGGCUACAAAGGAAGCACAGCAGCAGCAACAUCACGACGAAGCCGCCGCCACCGCCACCCAUGCGACCGCAGAGCCUGCUGCCCCAGCGGAAACCAGAGACGACACGCCGUCGCCGCCCAGGAAGCUGCGCAAGUUUUGCGCGCUUCCGUCCGGCGUGAGGCGCGACCCGACGUGGGUGGACGUGUACAUGGCGGACGUGGAUGAGGUCGGCGCGCACUGCGGGCUCUUCGCGCCGGGAGCGCACUACGACAGGCUCGUGGGCGACGUGGGCAGCCGCGUGGUGUCGUGGGUGCAGGAGGACAUGUCCACGAGAGCGGCCAUGAAGAUGUAA